CUUGUGCGCGUAUUUACGGUAAUUGUGAUAGGCGCUUACUUUGUGAGGAAACGAAACUUAGUGUUAAACCCUGCGCGUUGGCGUGUCCGAGUUCACUUCACUGUAACCGAGGACGUUUGUUUAUCUGAACAAUCUUCUCCGGCAUCUCUCCUGUCGUCCAUCAUGGCUGAAGUGACUGACUCUGUGGCUCUGCUGAGCCUGGAGGACGAUCUGACCUGCAGCAUCUGCUUGUGUCCCUUCGUCGAGCCGGUGAGUCUGAACUGCGGUCACAGCUUCUGCCGGGCGUGUCUGGAGGAGACGUGGAGCAGUACGAGCUCCUACUUCUGCCCUCAUUGCCGCGCGCACUACCUCACCAAGCCAGACCUGAAGAAGAACACGGUGCUCAGCGCGGUGGUGGAAACCUUCAGAGCCAAAGCUGGAGGAGGCGCAGGGUCAGAUGAAGGGACGGACGUGUCCGGUGGCGCCGGUGUGAUGCGCUCGCCGUGCCCCGAGCCCAAACCCAUCAUGUGCGACAUGUGCAACGAGGCCAAGGCGGUGAAAACGUGUCUGACUUGCAUCACGUCAUUCUGCUCGGAGCACGUGCGCCCUCACCAGGAGAACCCUCUUUUCCGCGCGCACGAGCUGUGCGAACCGCUCACCGACCUCGUGGAACGCCUCUGUCACGAGCAUGGGAAGCUGUUGGAAUUCUUCUGCGCACGUCACGAGAGGAGCAUCUGCAGCAGCUGUUUGCAGCAGAAUCACAAGGAGUGUGGGUUCUCCACCCCGAGCGAACAGCGUGCAAAGAUCGAGACUGACCUGAGGGACAAGCUGAACGUUCUGGACAGCAAAACAGAAAAGAACCAGCUGGUCAUAACGCAGAUGAGGGAGCAGCAAAAUAAGCUCAAGGAAAUGGCUGCGGUGCGUAAACGCGCUCUGGAGGCGGAGUAUCAGCAGAUCCGGGAGAUGCUGCAGAGGGACGAGCGAGAGGCCAUGGACUCUCUGAAUAAAGAUCUGGAGAGCGGCAACACCAAGCUCAACACCCUGAUCAAGAAAUUCAACCAGAACAUCGAGAGGAUGAGCUCCAGCAGAGCUGAGAUCAACAACCUGCUGGCCAAAUCCCACUCACUGGACUUCUUACAGGUGUCUGUGGAAUUGCCCUCUGUGGUGAGCUUUGACCCUUACUCCCCACGAAUCAACCUGGACUCCAAGCGCGUCAUCGCGUACCACUCCAGCAUCGUUAACCUGAAGGAGCAUAUUAAUAAAAUCCUGCGUGAGCCCGUGGAGAACAGGAUUUUCCUCCUCAAAUCAGUUUCGGAAAAGCCAGACCCCGGUGACGGUGAGCCGUGUCGCGACAGUGACAAACAGAAAAACAAAAUGGGUGUCGGUGGAGCUUCAGGCAGUCAUCCCAGUCAUCCAAACCCGAGAGAACCUUGUUCUCCAUCAGGUGAAGACUCGGGAACCUCCAAAUCUGGAUCUCAACCCAAAGGUGGUCCUGGAGGAGCAAAGAAGAAACCAAACCAGAGAGAGAAAAGGGAGAAACGAGAUGACAAAGAUCACGAGCGCAAAGAUCACAAAAAUCACAACGAGCACAAAGAUCACAAAAAUCACAACGAGCACAAAGAUCACAAAAAUCACAACGAGCACAAAGAUCACAAAGCAGAAAGAAAUAGAAGAGGUCCAAGCAAAGGAAUGAACUCAUCACUGUCCAAGAGCAUGGACAAUCUGGAUAAUCUGAAUAACCAAACUUUCUUUUCUGUUCCAGUGGAUACGAGUCAAGCGUCAACCAUCAGCACUGCUACAAGAAGUGAACUGCUGAAGUAUGCCACCAUGCUCACCUUUGACUUCAGGACGGCUCAUAAACGUGUGGCACUCUCUGAGAACAACACCAAGGCCUCUGUGUCGGACGAGCCGUCCCCAUACCCGGACAUCCCACCUCGCUUCACCGUGUGCUCACAGGUGCUCUGUAAUCAGGGCUUUUCUCGCGGUCGUCAUUACUGGGAGGUUAAAAUGAGCAGCAAUAACUUCUGCGGUUUGGGUCUGGCGUACGGCUCCAUCGAUCGGAAAGGUCCUUCCAGCCGUCUGGGCCGUAACGCGCAGUCCUGGUGCAUCGAGUGGUUUAACAUCAAGCUUUCGGCGUGGCACAACAGCAGCGAGACCGUGCUGGCCAACCCUAACCCGAGCCGUGUGGGCGUCCUGCUCGACUGUGAUAACAGCACCGCCACCUUCUACAACGUGCAGGACCGCGCCUACCCCAUCCACACCUUCGUCUUUCCUUUCUCCCAGCCUGUGUACCCGGCCUUCUGGAUCUUCUCCAGCGGCUCGUCCGUUACACUCUGCAAACUGAAUAAUUAACGCCGCGUUAUAACCGUCUGGUGUUAGUGUACCGAGGUGUACAACACAGAUUCACGCUUUCACUCUAAUCUAUAACUCCCUCUACAUUCCUAAGAUACCAAAAUAUUCAUAUUUAAAUGUUUCAAAAGAUUUUCUGUUUACAGCAAACAAUCUGAAAUCAGUGGUUGUGGUGAUUAUUUAACCUGAUUGAUGCUUUGUUGAUUCUGAUCGUUUAAUCACGCUAUAAUGUUUAAUAUCUCGCUUCCUGAUGUUCACACUAGCAAAAAAAACACAGAGAGAGAGAGAGAUUUCAAUCUGGAUUGACAAGAAAUGACGUAUAACACGUUAAAGAAGUCAAAGCGGUUUCUCGGACCGAUCAGUCUACGAUGUUUCUUCAGUUCUGCGCUCACCAUUUUAAUUAUUUUCUUGUUUAUUUACUGUUUGAAAAAGUGAAAGAAAGCUUACAGUGUGCUUUCAUUUUUGAAGAGCAUCGUUGCCUUGUUGCCUGAGCGAGUUUGGCUAGUACAGUUAAUAUAGUUUGCUAAGGUAAUCUGAGAACAAAGCUAGACCACAGCAGAGGAUGUAGCAUAAUGCUGCUAGUUUGAAAGAGAACAAACUGCUAGUUAUGCGAGUGAUGGUCACGUGCUUGUGUGAAGGUAAGGUAAAGCCACUUGGGAUUAUGGGAUUUUAUUUCUAGAGAAAUCAUGACAGAGGAAGUCAGGUCAAAUUACUAAUCCAAAUCUUUCAGGAUGCUAGAGGUUUGGAUGCUAACUGCUCUUCUGUGGGUAAGAUGUAUAAUAUAAUGCGAGGUGUUUAAGGCAUUAUUAAUCGAUGUAUAAUUUUUUUUCGUCUCUUGCCUGCAGAUCUUCACUGAUGAUCAGCUCUGUUUGUUUGAACACUGAGGGUUGAGUCAUUAGCUUCACCUUCUGCUUCACAAACCGCUUUUAUUGCCAUCGGGCAAAACCAGGCCGAAGUUCACAGCCUGCAUUGCGUGAUCGAGAGCAGAAAAAAAUCAACAAGCAGCUCGGUGACAGGAUCGGCAAACAUCUGUGCACAUGUGGAAUAUGUUAAUCUAACUACAUGUCCCGUCUUUCACUUUCACACAGUUACAUUUCACUCUGGUGUGGAGGUUGAGGUGAAAGUUGGCACUUUAUCAGCAUUUUAUUAGCUUGAAGGUAAAGGUGCCAUUAUUUCUCACCUCCCCGCCCCCACCCACGGACGGAUGUUGUAUACCUUAAAUCAAGACUUCGUCACAUUUUAAAAUGGAGCUCAAGCAGGCAUGUGCCGAAAUUCAGUUCUGUAUCAUAAUAUUAACUAGACUUAAAUUUAAAUAGAGACAUAAAUAAUAAUAAUAAUAAUAAUAAUAAUAAUAUUUCCCAAACAGAAUUAUGGGAUUGGUUUCUCCAACUGUUUUCUUUCCUCGUCUCAUGGAGAAAUUUAAAACAAAUAACAAUCUUUCUACUGCCCCAUUAGAGCCGCUUUGUCCAUCUGGAAAGAGCGUCAACCUGAAACACUACCUUUUUAAGAAGCUAUGAGCAUUUCUCUAUCCAGUGUGGAAGGUGUUGAGAAGCUAGAGAAGAUGCAGAUUGGUGCUUUAUAAUGUCAAGUUCUGCAGAUGAACCUUUCUGGGCUCUGUGUGCUGGAAGAGCCCUGCUCCAAUGUGAACCAGGAAGUGGUUUCUUCAGCAAGAUAAGAAGCCCAUGCUCUUCAAGGAACCUUUGAACAUGUAGAUCCCAGGUGGACAGUUAGAGCUGGCGAGUCUGGUGAUGGAGCGAGCUUUUUGUAACAUGACUGUUGCUGUUUGCUGAUCGUAUCGUAGAAACGUCUCAAUAUUUUUUCAUCUUAUCUUCUCCUAGAAGUAACAAGCUAAAAUAUUGUGAUGUAUCAUAUAUCUGAUUAUUGGCACAUGCCUGAGUAUAACGGCUCCAUUGUGGGCGGACGGGUCUUUAAAGGUGUUUCGUCACGUUGCGGUGUUUCGAUUUUAAAGUAGCUCGUGAUUGAGAGACGUUAAGAUUGACCGUCUGUGUCUCCGGUAACUUUAGAAAACGCCCGGAUGUCCGAUGAGGAUGGCGUGACCCGGGCGGUUCGGCUUCCUGGGUGAUGACGUUAUGAAUUUAUCGUUCAUACGAGCCCAGACGUCACCGAGCGCUCCAUCAGACACGGCUGAUAAUUCCGCUUAGGACAGCCUCUGAUGUGUAAACGCAGUGAGUGAGCGUUUAUUUACUGAUCCACGAUCGUAAUCCACACUGAGCGAGAAAGCCUUCAGAAGCAGAACCCUGAUUAAUCCAACACACACAGGCUUGUUAGUUCUUGUUUCGGGUGAAUUGAGUUUCUUUCUCAAAUCGUUUCACCGUUUCUCCUUUAGUCCAUGCUGAUUCCAUCAUUCCGUAUAUCGGGUGUGGUUUUCACCGUAUGUGAUUAUUAUAUUGUGUCUGGACCGUGAUGAAAACCUGCGGUGUGUCCAUAUUAGAAUUGUAGAUAACACGAGAUUUUUAUUCUGCUGAAAUCUUCCACUCUCGGUUCCACCUUCACUUCUUCUGGUUCACAUUUAAACCUCGAACAGAUUCACUGAGUUCAUGAAGAAUGUCACUUCUGGAUGUUUUUAGCAUGAUGUAAUAUUUCUGCUCUGAUGAUUUAACACAUUUGUUUUGGCUUAAGUAACCCAGAACACCCUGCUUUUGUUAAACCUGAAAAUUCUCUUCAUUAUGUAACUGUGGAUAAUCAUUACAGUGGGCACUUACCUUAAUAUUCUGUAGUAACUACAAUAAACACAAAUGCAUCCAUCUA